CGUGGAUUGGUGGGCACGCGGUAUUCCCUCUCGUGUACGUGGAGAAUGGGCGUGCUCGGGGAAGCUCGGUCACGCAGCGUGGGCACCGUGUGUAGAGCGCGGGUAUAAAAGCUCGAGCAGAGCGGCGGGAGAUGCAGCAGACAGCAGCUCAAGCACUCGGCUCACAUUCACCGGCAGCAGAAGCAUCAGCAUCAGCAUCAUGGUUCUCAUCUGGACUCAGUUCGGCGUCAAACACAAGAAUGUCAAGUGCAAAGUGCGAGUGAUCCACGGAGAGGAGGGAUGGACCUCAGAGGAGGUGCGUGAAGAACCUGAGGUGUCUAGCCCCCCGUCCUCACCAGAGUGUGUGGAUUUCUACUCUGUGCUCGGUGUGUCAAGUGACUCUAAUGAGGAGGAGAUCAGACGGGCGUACAAGCGUCUGGCGCUCCGUUACCACCCAGACAAGAACCCAGAGGCAGACGCCGAGGACAAAUUUAAACAGAUUGCACAAGCCUACGAUGUUCUGACGGACCCAGAGAAACGCAGCAUCUAUGAUCAACAAGGUUUGACAAAAGGGGGUGUGGCUCCAUCCGGGAACAAAAGUGACCCCUCCCACAGUUCCUCUAAAGCCGACGCCCACUCCUGGCGCAUGUUCUUCAACUUUGAACUCGACUCAGACGACGACCUGUUUAACCCCUUCCUGCGAAAUCCCCUGCCCCACCUCAGCCGGCAUCACGGAAACAGGGGCGGGCCCAAGCCAUCGAGCGAGGCCGAAGUUCACGAGCUUCUUGUGUCACUGGAGGACAUUUUAGUGGGCGUGACGAAGCGUGUGAAACUGACACGCCUUCGGCAGACGGACAAACACGCGUUGAGACCAGAGGAGCGCGUGUUCGACGUAGAGGUGAAGAAGGGGUGGAAGGAGGGCACCAGGAUCACCUUCCCCAAGGAGGGCCAUCAGAUGCUCGGCCACGCCCCAAACGACCUGGCCUUCGUUAUCAAGGAGAAGAAGCACGCCCAUUUCAGACGAGACGGUUCGCAUAUUGUGUACACCGCCACCAUCACGCUGCGAGAGGCUCUAUGUGGGUGUACGGUUAACGUCCCUACUCUUGACGGACAGAUGAAGCCCCUCCCAUGCAGUGAUGUCAUCAAGCCCGGCUCAGUGAGACGGCUUAUAGGGGAGGGGCUUCCCCGAGCGAAGAACCCCGCCCAGCGUGGAGAUCUGCUGGUCGAAUUUCAAGUCGUUUUCCCUGAUCGCAUUCCCCCGAGCAGCAAAGAAAUCAUCAAACACAGCUUGGGCAGUGUUAACUAAAGAAAACACACGCUCAUUUUGGUGACAGACUUAACGUCAGCUGUUUGUCUCUGUGAGGCACACGCACUCAAGUGUGAGACAGGAUGCUCACACAGACAUAUUACAUAUAGGUAUGUAAUACCUGUGUUAAGCGUGAUUCGUACAGAGAUGAAGUGUUUGAGGAAACACACGAACAGCGCACGCACUAAACACACCUGCACUGAUGGUGCUACUCUGAAGUGUUAGCAUACUUCUUUAACCAUGACGACCUUGUACUCAUGUACAGAACUGUCAGUGAUUUAGUCUCUAUGAGAGAUCCCUGUGUCAUGUUCCAAUGAAUUAUUUGUAAAGAUUAUAUAGAGAAAAUGUGAAUUUCAGACCUGGCAUGUAUGAUGAACGCAUGUUUUGUAAGCAGAAAUAAAGUUUUAUUAAUGAAAUAACUGGAAUUUGGUGUUGCCGUCUUUAAUGCGUUGAGCACUCAAGAUAUAUGAUGAAGGACGCAUGCAUGAAUUUAAUCCACGAAUGAUAAAAGUUUUAAAUUAAAUACGAGAG